AUGGCAGCACCACUCGACUCUGCUGCUUCUCCUCGUCAGUAUCGCCCAGGCGACGACUGGUUCUUCGCCGGCCCAGCAUCGUCCUUCCCCAACAUCACCAACUCAAGCGAGCCCUACUUCAAGCUCGUCUGGCCCCAGCCAUGCAAAACAGCAGGCUCUGAUGGUACCACCACCGCCGCCGCCGCCAAGGUACCAGGCUGUAAAAUCUUCCACCCCAAAGCCGCCCAGGCACCAUGCACAGCAGCAGCAGCCGAGCAGAUCGCCACCGACGCGGCGGCCGGCGAGGACGCCUGGCUCAUGAAGGAGCAGGUGCUGGUCUUCCAGUACCAGGGCCGCUUCCACGCCGUCGACCACGCCUGCCCGCACCGCUCGUACUCGCUGUCGUGGGGCGUGCCCUUCGACAUCGAGGACGCCGGCGGCCGCACCCUCGGCCACGGCAUCCGGUGUCGCGGCCACAGCUUCGCCUUUGAGCUGACCACCGGGGCCGGGGACCGCGGCGGGUACCAGCUUGGGGUGUGGGAGGUCGAGCUCCGGCCGGCGGCGGGCAUUGUUGUAAGUGGUGAUGGUGGCGGCGGUGAUGGUGUUGACGAGAGGGAGGUGUGGGUGCGAAGGAAGCAGAGGCCGGGCUGA